AUGAGAGCUUCUCCGGCAAUACUCUCACUCUCCUUAACUAUUCCGCUACCUCUUGCUUCCACUAAAACUCGAUUCUCUGGAGAAUAUUUUCGAGUCAAACAGUAUGUUUCGAAUUAUCAGUGUUUAUCGCGACCCGGACGACUCGUCUCAGAGAAACCAAGCAGAAGAUGGACCUGCUGCAAAUGCCGAAACAGAGAACGAAAUGGUUACGCGAAAUCUGAUGACGAAGGAGAAGAUUUCAUUGUUGUAAACUUCUAUCGGUUUGUAUCAAUCGAAGAUCCCGCGGCUGAGAUUGCGAAGCACCUCUCUUUCUUAAAGGAUUUGAAUAUACAUGGUCGGAUAUAUCUCAAUGAACAAGGAGUUAACGCCCAGUACAGUGGGCCAUCUAAAGACGCUCUUGCAUAUGUUGAAUGGUUGAAAGAAGAUGGGAGAUUCUCGGAUUUGCUUGUCCAGAUGUCUCCUGCUAUCAAUGGGCAUGCAUUCCCUAAGUUGAAGCUACAGAACAAACCCUCCUUAGUGCAGUAUGAGGGAGGAAUUUCACACCUUCCCCUACUUGAUCCACCGAUGCGAGCAAAACCCUUAGAACCGUCUGAAUGGAAAAGGAAACUGAAAGACUUAACGGAUGACGAUGAAGCAUCGCCGUCAAGUAGUGGCAAAAGCUGCAUUUUAUUGGAUGUCAGAAACGGUUAUGAGUGGGAUGUUGGUCAUUUUCGUGGGGCACGUAGACCUGAAGUUGAUUGCUUUCGAAACACUUCUUUUGGGCUAUCUGAUGAAAAGGAAGCUCCUUCAGACCCUUUGGUAAAUGUUGACAAGGAAAACACAGAUAUACUGAUGUACUGUACUGGAGGUAUACGAUGUGAUGUAUAUUCUACAGUUUUAAGACAGAGAGGUUUCAAGAACUUGUAUACACUGAAGGGUGGAGUUUCCCAUUAUCUUGAGGAAGAAGGCACGGAUGAAUGGGUUGGAAAUCUUUUUGUGUUUGACUCUCGUCUCUCUCUCCCACCAGCUGCCUACAGCAACAGCACCGUGGAUAAAGCCACAAUAACUCCACAAACGACCGUGGAUACAAGUUUUGCAAGAUGCUAUAUUUGCGAUUCGCAAGUCCAGGAACUAAGACAUCGGAACUGUGCUAACCUUGACUGCAAUCGGCUUUUCUUGUGA